CCCCAUGAGCUCAACACUCAACAAAGACACUUUCUACUUUCUUACCACAAACCACCUUACACUUCAUGAAAUUCAGAGAAAGCUACGUUGAAAGGUUCUCCGUCGAGAAGUACAAUGGCAAGCCUGGGCCUAGUGUGGAAUAUGCCCCUGCAGCAGGCAGUGAUAUGGAUGAUUCUCUUGUGGAUGACGGAGAAGGCUGGAUGUUACGCUUAAGAACAGGAUUUAUCUCAGGAAGGUAUACUACUUUCCUGAGUAAAACUUGGAACCUUCCUUUCCACAGUCAUGAAUUCUAUACCGAGCUAUACCUCUAUUCGCAUCCUCAGCUGUUACAACCCCUACAAGGAGUCUGUGUGCCUUCCUUCAUCUGCGUCUACAAAAGUGACGAAGGGGUAAAAGACAUUGCAAUGGAAGCGCCUCAUAGCAUAGGAUGGCACAAAGCUCAUCCUUGUAUGUCUAAGAAAUCAAAACAAGCCGUUGUCGACUCCUUUGAACGAAUCCACGCUCAAGGCGUU